AUGACUUUGGUGAGAGAAAGAAGACAGCAACAAGCCCUGAGGCUGACGUUGCCUCCACCAAGUCUUUCGCUCAACCCGUCCCCGGUGUCAUCAUCAAGUAGUACGUCGAGCUCGCCGGGCAUUGGUGCCCUUUCGGACCUCAAGAAACUUUCAGUCAUCGGACGUGGGAAUGGUGGCACGGUUUAUAAGGUCUCCCAUAUGCAAAGUGGUGUCGUUUACGCGUUGAAAGUCGUCCGGUUUCAUGAAGACAUGGGAUCCGUUACACGUGAGGCGGAGAUUCUGCAGAGAGUUGAUUCAUCAGAGUAUGUUGUGAGGUGCAUCGGAGUAUUCAAUGACGGGUUCUCGGAGAUUGAUGGUCGAGGAGGUGACUUGUGCUUUCUGAUGGAGUAUAUGGAUGUUGGAUCAUUGCAUGAUAUAUUGUGCAGGAAGAAGAGAUUGCCAGAGCAUGCCAUUUCUGGCAUAACACGCAGCGUCUUGCGAGGGCUGCAAUAUCUACACGGGCUUGAAGUAGUCCAUAGAGACAUAAAGCCAUCAAAUCUAUUGGUGAACACAAGAGGAGAGGUGAAAAUAGCCGAUUUUGGGGCCAGUUGGCUAGUGAGUGCUUGUGGAGACCGCACAACAACGUGCAUCACUACCAACGUCGAUGCAUGUAAAGGAACAUGCGCGUACAUGAGCCCCGAGAGGAUGGAUCCCGAGAGGUGGGAUGUCGGAGACUGCUGCGAUGGCUAUGCCGGGGACGUGUGGUCGCUCGGGGUGGUGGCUAUGGAGUGCUACGUCGGCCAUUUUCCAUUUGUCGGCCCGGGCGAAAAGUUUGAUUGGGUCACACUAAUGUGUGCCAUUUGCUUCGGAGAGAAUGUGGAGAGUGCGGUGAAAAUGGCAUCACCGGAGUUUGAGAGUUUCUGCGGAAGGUGUUUGGAAAGGGACUGGAGAAAGAGAGGGACUGUGGAGGAACUUCUUGUUCACCCUUUUCUUCACAAAUUUGACACUAAUGGUGUAGAGGAUCUUCUGUAUUGCAUCGAUUCAAGUGACUAAAUUGAUCAUCCUAAACAUCGUACAUCACAUAUAUAUCUUUGUAUAUAUUAAGAUAGUUCUAAUUAUUAUGUGUAUUAAGCCACUAUUUUCUACUAUUAGCUCUCUGAUGACCAUUCAUCUCUUGAUGAACUCAAAUC